AGGUUUUAAGGUACCACAGCCGGAAACUCGAGCCCUCACAGCCGGGAACCGAUCGAUCCAAUGGCGUCGAGGGCUCUGCAAAUAGCACCCAGAAACCGAAGCCGAAACCCUAGCUUCAUCCACCGCGUCUUCUCGUCUUCCUCAACCCCCAAUGAUGCUGACAACAACACUCCUUCACCACCAUCUUCAUCUUCAUCUUCAUCUUCUUCAUCUUCUUCUUCUUCUUCUCUAUCCUCUUACUUCAACGACGUCAAAGCCAGCCUCAAACAACCACCUCAACCCCCUCGCAAAUCUUCUUCAUUCUUCUCCUCCUCCUCCCCAUCCUCAUCUCCCCCUCUUUCCUCCAAAAUCGCUUCACUUGAAGAAAUCCGAAAAAAUCUCUCUGAGUUCCGCUCCCGAUCCUCUGUCCCCAAUCCUUCACCCUCGCAGCAAUCCUCUUCAUCAUCCCCCAUUUCAUUUCAAGAACUCUACAAGCGCAAUGUCAUUCCCAAACCCGAAGAUUCCCCCAAGGGGAAGCUCUCUUUCGACGCUAUUCGGGAGAGCUUGAAGCAGCUGCGGCCGUCAUCCUCGGCUGAGGGCGGCCAGACCAAGGGGAAAACAGACGUGCUGUCAUUGUCGGCUUUUAAGGAUAGUUUGAGGCUCACGCCGGUGGAUUCGGGUGCUACUAAGUCCUCUGUUGUGAUUGGAGGUUCGGAUGAUGCUUUGCCCAUGUCGGUGUUUGGGAAGGAUAUAAGGGAUAGGAAGGAGGCGGAGAGCACGGCAAUGAAGACGUCGUUUGUGAAGUGGUAUGGUCCCGAGGAGUUGGGGAAGAAGUUGAGGGAGCUUCGACCGGAGACGGGGGCAGAGAGUUGUUUUUCACUGAAGGAGUUGAAUGAGAGAUUGAUGAAGUUGAGGGAAAUGGAGGAGAAGGAGACAGAAUCGAGCAUUGGUGGAGUUUCAUUUAAGGAUUUGAGGGAGAGUUUGGUGCGGUUGAGAAUAUGUGAUGAUGAGAAGACCAAGAAGUCCUCCAUCCAGAGGCUUGAUAUCUUAGGUCGUUUAGGCGGGACUCCUAGCUUUAUGCUGGCUCCUCCAAAGGAGCAUUUAGUUGAGCAGUAUUUCCAUCCAGAUAAUAUGUCAUCUGCUGAGAAGCUGAAAGUUGAGCUUAAAAAAGUUAGAGAUGAAUUUAAAAUGUCAGAAUCAGAUUGUGGAUCUGCACGUGUUCAAGUGGCACAGCUGACGACAAAGAUCAAGCACCUAAAUUCAGCAUUACAUAAAAAGGAUAAGCAUUCCCGGAAGGGUCUUCAAGCGAUGGUCCAGAGGAGAAAGAAGUUAUUGAAGUAUCUCCGUAGAACUGACUGGGAUUCCUACUGCCUUGUUCUUUCUAAGCUUGGUCUCCGAGACAAUCCGAAUUACAAAAACUAGAUGAAAUGUAUUCAUCUCUGUUUUGACAUGCUAAUGAUGCUUUAUUUAGUGAUAUACCAGGUUUUUUGUUAUGUAUCUGGUAAUCUCAAUUUUUCAACCAGAUGUCACUUCUGAUUCUCCUUUAAUUUAAAGUCAUAAUAAUAACAGCUCCUUGGUACUAUUUGCUACA